GCUUGUCUCCGCCGCCGCGGCUCGUUCCAGACCAAAGGGGGAAAUCCCCAUCUCCCCCAACUCCGGCGCCGCCGUCGUCGACGAGAUCGCGGCCACGGCGGAGACCCGGCGUGCGCAGGCUGUCUCAUAUCCUCCGGGAACGCGGACGGGGAGCCCGACGAGCCAAACGUGAAGGGAGGAGCAGGAGGAUCGCAACGGACUCCUGUUCGUCGAUCCUUCUCCUGCUUCCGCCGUCUGACCUAGGUUGUACAACCGGCAAAAUGAUAAGACAGCUGUUGAAGGUGGCUGCUGGGCACCACACCCGGCAGUGCUCAUCUUCCUAUCUUCACUGGGUUCCGCGAACGCCACACUUCCUGCUUCCGUCUCUUGAGCUUCUUUGCACCAACAGGCCUACAAGAUUUUUCACAACUGACAGAGACCAUCUGACACGUUUCCUUUGUUCCAAGAAAGCAAGUCAGCACGUUAGGGACCUUAAUGUGGAAACUGAAGAUGUGGGGGUUCACUUUGUUGGAUCUCAGCAGUUGUGUUCUCAAAUAGAAGAUGCUAAGGAUUCAAUCGCAAAGGAUUUUGACCUGGAGAAGCUUAAAGAUCUCUACUGCAGACAUGUCAGACCUGAACUGGUGUCAAGGUUGCUUAUACAUAAUCACAAGUUCAACGCCAUCAGCACGCAUUGGCUGAAAUACCAGACACAUGCUCGCAUCAACAACAGACCAAGAUUCACGAGCUGCUAUGAUGUGAUGGUUUAUCUUGUUGGAUUGCGUCAAGAAUACUGGGUAUUCUAUCUCAACUACCUUGCAAGAGAAAGAAUUUCUGUGAUCGAGGAGUGGGUAUCCAUUUCCACUACUCAACAUAUGUUUUAUGACCUUGGGCUUAAGAAUCUUUCUAGUACCAUCCACUUCCAUAAAGGAGAAGCCGUUGCUUCAUGGCACAAGGACAGUAGCACAGCUGAUCUUGCUAAUUUGAUAUGGAAGGAUAACCAGGUUAUCAGUGCUACCACAUAUCUUGGGGUCAGUGAUUGCAUCUCUAUUGCCCAAAGUGAAGCAAAGUCUGUGUUUGCAAUCCUAACUAAAGCCAAAGACCUGGGGAUAGAGAAUUUCGUUCUUUGGACAGACAACAAAGAGAUAUGCGGUGUUCUUAAUGGCACAAAACAUAUAACCACAGAAAACAAGGACUGGAAUCUUUUUAUGGCAAUCAGAGUGCUUAGAUCAGCAUUCAAGAGAUUGGUCGCUAUCUGGGUGCCGCGUGAAAUGAUGGCUCCAGCCAAUGGGAUGCUACGGCUUGGCGUUAAGCAUCCUCAGUGCGUCGAACAGUCAGCUAAACCAUGGGCAUACCUUUUAAAUGGACUUCCAGAAUUCCGACUCUCGUUAAGUGAGGCUGCAACUAAAGAAAUGAACACAUUUGGAAAACCAAUUCAUGGAGAGCCACGUCACAACAAGUAUUUCAUUGAACUGGAUGCAGAGAUGAAGAAGAUUAGUGCUUUGAAUAACUUAAUUCAGGUCCUCAAACCAAAGAAGCUAUAUGUUGCUAUUAAGGAACUCCAAAGAAAAUCAGAUCUGAUGCAGAAAGAGUUACUUGAACUGUUGGGUACCUCUGUGACACGAAGGUUGAAGGGCUGGUCUCUAUUGGACAUUGAAGCUGGAGAUGAUAAAAGUGGAUCUUUGCUUAUAAUCUUUGAUGGAAUCUGUCCUGAGACUCCACUUCCUCAUGUUGAUCUCAUUGUAAUGCUAUCAACAGCCACAGAUAGAGGAAUUCUUGCCAGAAUGGGUGUUAGGGAGCUGAGUGCGUCCUCAUACAUCUUUUUUCAUGGACCUUGCUCGCCGACAAAUCCAGGAAAGAAGGGCCAGAACUAGCUUUGAGUACUGAUGGUGUGGUUGUGGAGAGGUUUGGAUGUACUGAAAGACAAAGCGGUUGUAGUCGUGUGGAGACGUCUGGCUGAUUUGCUGAAGUGUUUUGUCAGUCGUCAAGUAGACUAACAGUCCUACCACUACUGCCAAUUCCAGAGUAGUCGUUUAUAAUGGAACGUGGGAAACUGGAAGAGCGAAUAGUUUUACUUUUAGGAGUCAUAUUACUUUUGGUUCAUGAUAGCGCUUACCGUGUUCGCUUGCGCUGAUAGCGGUUACUGACACGAUACUGAUGCCCUUCUGGUAUGCUGUUGUGUCACAUUCUGUGACUUUUGACGAUACUUGUUCGUGAUGAAAUAUCAUUGAGCGACAGAGGUUGUCUGAUGAGUUUUUA